CUCACUCAGCUCCGCACGGGGCACAUCGGCCUGAAUGCGAACUUGAACAGGAUUGGCCUCUCCCCUACCCCGACGUGCCCUCAUUGUGGGAUGCGGGAGACGAUAACGCACUACGUGCUCCGCUGCCCGCAAUACCGCCCCCAACGCGCCAUACUGCUCCGCGAAACACGACUCGCCAACCCCCAGCUACGCUACCUCCUCAGUGUCCGAAGCCGCAAGAAUGUUCCUGCUCUCCUCCGCUUUGUCAAAGCUACAGGACGCUUCGCCACCUACUACACGGCAGUGUCGAACCCCGCAGCAGGCAGCCAGGUCCUCCCGGAGGAUACUCAAGGCGAUUAA